AUGGAUUCUUUGAAGGAAGCAAUUGGAUUGAUCCCUCGCAACUUCUAUGUCAUCAAGAUUGGAUCUACAACGGAAAGCCUACGCACAGAAGAGGCUGUUCUGAAACGUUGUGAAAAGCUUCGCGUCAACCUGGAGAACGAAGGGCUCAUUUUUGCAAAGAAAUUCUCGUUUUUAUCUGCAACUAGAGAAGAGGCUAAAAAAGACAUUGACGCCAUUGAAAAGAAGCCUCCUCCAGUGUUCAUAAUCAUUGAUGACUAUGAUGGAAGGACAAUUGAUCGUCAGCUUGCUCAUGGGAUUCCGAGUGCAAUGUACUUCACGGGAUAUUCGCUUCUCAACUGUAUGGAGUCAGCAGUGAGGGGACGUUGUUCUGCGUUCGUAAACGCGAUGAUCAAGUUAUGGAGUGGUGAAGGAGAAAAGAAGGGAAAGACCCACGGAAAUGUUAAUGUUUGUUCGAAAUGUGGAGUCUCUGGCCAAAUCUGCAAAUGCAUUGAGGCGUCGAUUGAAAAAGUUCGACAGAAACAUGCUUGUGGCUACGAUAAUAUGGGACCUGAACUUUACGCUUUGAUUUCCCGACACAUGAAACUAGACACGGCCAAGGAUUACGAUACAGCGAUUGCUGAAGUGAUCGAGUCGACAAGAACCAAAAUAAAACUUUCGCCUGUCUCUAAACAGACGUUCGACAACAACGACUCAAUGGUUAAAGAUUCGACUUCAGCAAAACCUUCAAAUUUAAAAAAGCCGACUCUAAAAGUGCCUGAUGAGCCACUGGUGAUUGAGGUUCCAUUGCAAAAGCCAGCGAAAGGGAAUGUAUCCGUGAAUCGCCCUGCUAUGUCUCCCCGUGUUCAGAUGAAUUCUCCAGUUGUAAGGGCAUCAGCGAGUAACACAAGUGUUAAUACGCCUUCGACAAGCAGCCACAAAUCUAUUGCAGCUACGAUCUUUGAGGCUGGCCCAAAUUUGCAAGAUGUACUAGAGCUUGUGCACAAACAAACCUGGGAUAUUGGAACGCUCACUCGAGCCUUUGAGAACAAUUGUCGCCAGGCUCAGAACUUACUUGGAUCGAAAAAACCAAACUCCCAAGCGGAAUCAAUGAACCAGAUCAAUAUGGAGAUUCGCAAUGGACUGAAAUCGGAUCGGCAUUGCGGAGAUAUGGAUAUAAUCAAAUGUUGGGCGAUUGUGGUUGUUUAUCACUCAAAGAUACUUCGUAUUAUGAUGACGAUUGGAAAUACUAGUGUUGAGUUGACAAGAGCUGUGCAACAUCCACGUCUUUACAAGGCCAUCAGAUUUGCCCUUGAGAAUCCAAAAAAAUAUACACCAAAUGAGACUGUGCACACAUUGAUUGACGAGAUACUUGAUGAUUUUCAAGUAGCAAUUCGUGAACACGAUUUGGAGCAAUUCCUUUCCGACGCGUUUUUGAAACUGCAUCGCAUUGCUGUCACACUAGCUGUCGUCUAUUUGUCUCAUCAACUGGCUAAAUGUGCGAGUGUCCGUGGAUUAGAGUGCCAUGACGUGACUUCGGACAGCGAUCUCCGCAAUCUUGUUAGUGUUGCAAAGGUCGCACUCACUGCAGGCUCGGAUUCGGUUGCGGAAAAGACAGGUGAGUUUUUUUCCACUUGGCAGCGGACUGUUUGUGUUGGAUUGCCUGAAUUAAACGAUUACAAACUUCUUCACUUUGUUUUCAAGCCCGAUUUUGCGAUGCCAUUU